AAGGUGUACUUUCCGCAGUGUAGAGAAUACGUCUCUCAACGGUACAUUUUGCUAAGAGAGUGGAGGAAUCGAGGAAAUGAAAGAUGUCCACGAAGAAACACAUAUCGAGGGAUACUGAAUCUUUAGUUUCAGUUUCAAUUUCAAGUGGUUUAAAUAACAACAAUGGAGAAUACGAGAAAAGCCCAGAUGCAGAUAGUUCUCUGAGACAUCCUCCAUGGGAGCCAUUAGGGAAUACUUGUACAAUGUCAAGAAAGCGUCAUAGAGAAGACGACAGUUGUACCGAAACUACAUCAGCUCCAGCUUUACCUCUACAAAUGUCUAUCUGCAAACAAGCACCAUUUAGUGAUGAGCCAGAAGCCAUGUUGGAGCGGGAGCGUUGUGAUUACACCACUCGCAUCACAUAUAAAGUGGCAAAAUCAGGAAGAGUCCUAAGACCGAUUCGGGUAUAUGCAGAUGGAAUUUACGAUCUCUUCCACCAAGGACAUGCCCGACAGUUGAUGCAAGCCAAGAAUUUAUUUCCUAAUGUCUACCUCAUUGUUGGAGUGUGCAGUGAUGCUCUGACACACAGCAAAAAAGGGAGAACAGUUAUGACUGACUUAGAGCGAUAUGAAGCAGUGAGGCAUUGUCGGUAUGUUGAUGAGGUUGUUCGAGAAGCACCAUGGGAACUGGAUGAAGAUUUUAUAACACGGCAUAAGAUUGACUUUGUGGCCCAUGAUGAGAUCCCGUACAUCACAGAUGAUGGAACAGAUUUGUAUGCCUGGUUGAAAGCAAGAGGCAUGUUUGUAGCUACAGAGCGUACAGAAGGUGUAUCAACAUCAGACAUUGUGGCACGAAUUGUGCGAGACUAUGACAUAUAUGUGCGUCGUAAUCUUGCUAGAGGUUACAGUGCAAAAGACUUGAAUGUCUCAUUCCUUAAUGAGAAGAAAUUUCGUCUACAAAACAAAAUGGACGAACUAAAGGACAAAGGAAAACGUGUGAUGGAGAAUAUUGGGGAAAAGCGAGUGGACAUGAUACAGAAGUGGGAAGAGAAAUCUCGUGACUUCAUUGAUGCCUUCUUGCUCUUGUUUGGAAGGGAAGGUCGCUUGUCCCACAUAUGGAAUGAGGGGAAGGGACGGCUGAUGCAGGCAUUGUCUCCACCAGCAAGUCCUCGACGAGAUGGAAGCCCUACCUCAUCCAACAGUAAUGACAAUGACGAUUCAGUCAGUCCUCCUCCACCAAAAGCUGGUAGAUAUGAUUUUUCACCAAGUUCAUCAACCAAUGCAAAGUUCAGCAACAGUUGCAGCACACAAGACUUCUCAGAUGAUGAUGACGAUGAUGAGCACCAAUCAAAAUGAUCAUAUAUGGAUACUAGUGAAUGAAGAGUAUGUCUGCGUUUGGUAAUCUGAAUCGGUAAUAUCUGCCUGAUAAACAGUGAUGUAAAACCCAAAGACUUUAUUUUGUAUGUUACAGAAAUUUACUUUAUUCAGAAGAGCUCUGUUGCCUGGGAUAUCAUGCUAUGUGUUCUAUUGAGUGAGCUGAUAUUUUGGAGGAAGAUGUCACUUCCAUCUUCAGGUUGAAGAAGAAGCCGAGCAAGAAAUCAGUGUUAUAGAAGGUGGCAAGCAACUCUGCUUAUUCUUUGAUCCUGAAGAUAGAA